AUGAGAGUUUUUGCCGUUGCGUUUGCAGCACUAGCAGCUGUGCGCGGAGCACAGUGGUCACUCUCAGAAACGAUUCAAGGCGAUGCAUUUUACGAUAAAUUUGACUUUUACCACGGACCUGACCCCACAAACGGCUUGGUCGUUUACCAGGACCUUGACAAUGCCAAGAAUUUAAACUUGACCGAGGUGAAAGAUAAAAGUUUCUUCAUGCGUGUAAGCACUGUACAGAAACAGACGGAAGGGCGCCCCUCUGUGCGUAUCCAUUCCAAACAGACGUUCCAGGAUGCGGUGCUUAUUCUCGAAGCCUCCCAUUUUCCCACCGGUUGCGCUGUGUGGCCCGCAUUUUGGACCGUGACUGGGGCCAUCACGCCGACAAACGGGAGCGUCGGAUGGCCUGAAGGCGGUGAGAUUGAUAUUGCUGAGAAUGUAAACGAUCAAUACACGUACAACCAAGCCUCGAUUCACGUUGCGGGGCAGUGCGAGGUUGGAGGCGGGCCGCAGACAGGAACGACUGUCUUCCCGCAGUGCAACUACCAGGCGAACCAGGAGAGUGGGUGCAGGAUUGCGAUGAAUGGUACCGAUACGAUUACGUGGGGCAAUGCUUUGAACAAAAACGGUGGCGGCCUUGUCGCGAUGCAGCGCGAUUUCAGCAAUGGCGGCAAAGGAAUCCGUAUGUGGUUCUGGGACAAGGGCAAGCAGCCGGACGAGCUCAAGAAUCCCGGCAAGACUAUUGACCCCGAUAGCUGGGGCACGCCGAGCGCCAACUUUGGCUUGACUAACUGCAAGGACCAGUUCGACGCGCACAGAAUCGUGCUCAACAUCGCACUCUCUGGCGCAAAUAACUGGGCACAUGUGUCUUACCCUGACACGCCGUGCCUCAAGAAGUACCAGUCCGACGCUGAGCAAGUCGGGAACCACGGAAACAGCUUUAACAGGGCGUACUGGAAGAUAGAAAACCUAUACAUCUACGAAAAUGGCGAUGGAUCGGGGAAUGAGGGAUACAAUAUGCGUUCUUACCCGACAGUGAUGCUGGUCUGCACGGUACUUGCGUCUGCAGCCGUGUACAUGCUCCUGUAG